AUGAUCCAUAAGACUAUCCACAACAUCCUGAACAUUCGCGCUGCCGUCAACUACGUACCGUAUCAGGAUCUCGAAAAUAAGAUCAUGCUUCAAGGUAUAAUCGACGAACCUGACGCAUUUCUCGACCACAUUCGACGUUACACGUUUUCGCUAUCUACUCAAAUCAUCUUUGGCUAUCGAGCUCCGUCCACCCAAGAUCCCAAUCUUCAGCAGCUAUUCUGGAGCUUUGAACGAUGGGGCAAACUUGCGGGUAGUGCAAGCGCACAGAUAGCUGAUUUAUUCCCAAUCCUCCAAUCCAUUCCCGCCGCUCUCUCUCCGCCCGUGCGUACUGCUCGGUGGCUACACGAGAAGGAAAAAUUUUUAUAUGUUCGCUUGUGGAUGCGUGCAAAGAAGGGAGUCUCAGACGGGACUGGACACGAGACGGAAGGCUUCGACGACGCCCAAGCAGGAUACAUCAGCGGCUCUCUUCUCGAAGCGGGUUCUGACACUACUGCUGCGAUUCUCUAUGGCUUUAUUCUUGCCAUGAUCAUACACCCUGAUGUCCAGAACAAGGUGAAGGCAGAAGUCGAUAAGGUCGUAGGACCCGAACGAUUACCCACCAUCGAGGACUAUGAGAAUCUCCCGUAUGUGAGGUGUUGCAUUAAGGAGGCCAUGCGCUGGAUGCCGACCGUGAUACUGGGUGUACCACAUGCCGCCGUGAACGAGGACACCUAUAAGGGCUGGCGAAUUCCCGCUGGAGCGACAGUUAUCAACAAUGUCUGGAGCAUUCACAUGGAUCCGAAACGAUCUCCUGAUCCUCGUACCUACAAGCCAGAGCGUUUUGCCUCUGACACGAGAUCCUUAUACGAAUCCGCCACUGGGGAGGCCUCUCAAAGAGACAAUUACGUCUUUGGUGCGGGGCGCCGACUAUGUCAGGGUAUUCAUAUCGCCGAGCGAAGCCUGGCUCUUGGAGUCUCCCGUCUCAUGUGGUCCUUCGACAUCAGUCCUGCGACCGAUCCCCAGACCGGGGAACCUGCCAAGUACGACGGCGACGACCUUGUCGGUGGCAUUACUGUUGAGCCACGACACUACAAGUGCAACUUCAAGAUCCGUAGCAUACAAAAAGACAAGAUCAUCAGGCGAGCAGUGGAAAAGGAUGCGGCAGACUUCCUCGACAGCCGGACUGGACAGUGGCGAAAAACUCCGGACGGUAUGGCCUUCAGCACGUGGGUACCGGAAGAGGUCAAAUUUUGA